AUGUACCCUCGACUUAUUCCCUCUACAGCAUAUUUGGUGGAGAGCCAACCUUACCUAGACGACAGCCGGACAAUCAUGUCAGGCGACCAACAACCGACUCCGGCCAAACGCCCCAAGAAGGAGUCCAUCAUCGACCUAACGCGCUACCUGGACAAGCACAUUCGCGUUAAAUUUACUGGUGGUCGAGAGGCUACAGGCGUCUUGAAGGGCUGCGACAACCUUCAGAACAUGGUUCUCGACAAUACAAUCGAGUACCUCCGAGAUCCUGCGGACCCUUCCCAUCUCACCGAGGACACUCGGGAACUCGGUCUGGUCGUCUGUCGUGGCCCUUCUGUGGAACUAGUCUGCCCAGCUGACGGAAUGGAGUCCAUCUCAAACCCGUUUGAGAAAGCAGAGUGA